UGUGUGUCUUUAAAAGUGUAAGAAUGAAGUACAGUGACCCUCUCUCAAUACUGGUUCUAUUACUAUUGAGUGGCUUUGCUAAUUCUCAGAAUAUCCAGUUCAUUUAUAUUCAUUAUGAAACGGACAAUAUCACAGCUACAGUAGGACUUCAAUUAGAAGCUACCUAUAGCUCAACAACUGGUGAUGUCUGUGCUAAUGGAAUUGAUGACUCCAUUGCUAACCUAGUGUGCCAGGAUUUCUAUAAUGAGGUUUACGGUACUGUCAGUAGUGCAUUCCCUGCUCUACAAGCCACAGGAACUGUAACCACUGACUAUCCUACUUCCAUGAUGAAUCCUAUUGCUUUUGGUGAUAUUGAUUGUUCAGCAGGUAUUGAUGCAUGUACUGGGAGACCAAAAGCUAAUUGUAAUUCUGAUGGGGGACUUUUAGCAGUUAAAUGCAUCAUACCUGUACCAGAAUGCUAUCAUCCAUCACAAGUGAUGCUGAAUAAUCCGAUUAAUACAAGCAUUCCUUCUGGUGGCUAUUACCUAACUGGUCACCCUGUUACCUGCAAUAAUGGUAACUUCACUCCAAUAUGCAGCAGUGUGAACAUUGGGCCAAUAGAGAGAUUAGCUUUUUGUGCAUAUACAACAGGAGUACUGAAUGGUGGGUUUAAUGGAGCUCCUUCUGGUGUUACUGUUCCUCCUCCUACUCUACGUUUCAAUAACACUGUAUCUAACCAGUUCAGUUGUCCUGGUAGUUAUCUCAAUUGCUCUGGUAACAGUGUGAUGGGUUCUUGUCCUAAUGGAUAUGCAAUUGUUACAUGUCAGAAAGUGUGUGCUGAUUCUGAUAACUCUACUCUAUUCAACAAUCAAACAACUGUGGUUGAUGGCAUUAACUAUCACAUUGGGAUACCACAGUUCUGUGCUGGGGGAACAUAUGCCAGGGUAUGCAAUGAUGGCACUAAUUAUCCUGGAUAUGGAUUAAUCUUCUGCAGAGGAGCUGGAUUUGCAUUUGGUGAUCUCCUUCCUUCAAAUUCAAGUCUUGCCCAGACCCUGUACAGUGGGUCCCCCCAGGGGAUAAUCUAUUUGAGUAACUUUACGUGUUCCGGUGAUGAGAAUUGUGAUGAGAACUCAUCAUUUGCCACUAAUCCACAGUGUUACACUGGACAGUUGGAAACUAUUUUAAGAUGCUCUCCUGGAAUACCUUGUAAUGGGUCUAAACUGUAUCUCCAUAAUAACAUGACAAGAAUAGUCAAUGGACGUGAGAUAGUCUCUGGUAUACCACUUUACUGUGUUGAUGGAGCAUUCUAUGCUUCUCUCCGUAAUGAUGGAUCUCACACCCAAGCAGGUUUGAAUUACUUAUGCCAAUCAAUGGGAUUUGACAACACUAGUGUUACUCUUCCACAUGAUUCUUCAGUGUAUGGCACUGCUCCAGUAGGUACAGCCUAUUAUUCCUCUUUCUCUUGUCCUCCUAAUGCUAAUACUGUUGAUGAUUGUGAUGCUUUAUCAUCAAAUAAUCAACAGUGUUUAGCUGGUACAAUGGACCUAGUAUUGCAAUGCUCUAGAGCUGCUCCCAUUGUCACUCCUUCAGCCACUCCUUCAGCUACUUGCAGACCAACUCCUUCUGGCUCUACUUCAGUUCUUGCUAAUGGAGUUACUGUUAGUGUAUUGGUAGCUCUGAUACUGGCUGUACUAUUACUGUCAUAAUGUCUUUAAAAUGACAGCCUAAUUGACUAAACUGUAGCUAGCUGUAUAUAUCG